UCCAAUCCAAACCUUAUCCGUUGAGAGAAUCCAAUAAAAGGAAGCCACGUAAGCAGGCAGGAUCUAAAACUGUAUCCAAAUCCACCAAUCUGAGGCCACAAAUUCCAGCAUCUCUCGUCUGCCUCUUGAAUCCAUAUAUUGUAUAAUCUCAGUGGAAGAAGAAAAAACAUAAAAAAAAAGGGUCUGCAAAUAAUUGUGAUCAAGCAGCAGCAACCAAAAUGGCAACUACCAUGAUGACUUCCAUCCCCCAGUUUAGUGGGCUUAAGCCCACUGUUUCGGUGGCUCCGGUUCGCAGCCUGGUGGCGGUGCAACCACUGAGGCGGAGGGGCGGUGGCGCUCUCAGUGCCCGUUGUGGUGAUUACAUUGGCUCACCCACAAACUUGAUAAUGGUGAUAUCUACGAGCCUGAUGCUGUUCGCGGGGAGGUUCGGAUUGGCGCCGUCGGCGAACAGGAAAUCGACGGCGGGGCUGAAGCUGGAGGUGAGGGACUCUGGGUUACAGACCGGUGACCCAGCGGGUUUCACCCUCGCUGAUACUUUGGCCUGUGGCAGCGUCGGUCACAUCAUCGGCGUCGGCGUCGUUCUUGGCCUCAAGAGCAUCGGUUCACUGUAAAAAUUCCAAAUUCCAAAUUCCAAAUUCCCAAUUCCCACUUUUUUCUUUUUUCUUUUCUUUUUAUUUUUAAAAUAUAUUCCACAAACAAAGACCUGUUCUGUUGUAUUCUCUUCCAUCUAAAUCCGUCUUUGCCACUUUGGGUCUAUAUUAUUUUAGGCUUAAUUAUGCUUUUA